AUGCUCAGACAAGUUAAACCUCGCAAUGCGCGCUCAAAGCGAGCCCUCGAGAAGCGCGAACCAAAGGCAAACGAGAAUCCCAAGACGUGCCUCUUCCUCCGCGGGACAACAUGCUCUCAGAUAAUCCAGGAUGCUCUCAAUGACCUUCAUCAGAUGCGCCAACCUCUCGCUAAGAAGUUCACCAAGAAGAACGCCAUCCAUCCCUUUGACGACGCCGCCUCGCUCGAGUUUUUCUCCGAAAAGAACGACGCCAGUCUCCUCGUUUUUGGUAGCAGCCAGAAGAAGCGUCCUCACACCUUGACCUUUGUUCGCACCUUUGGUUACAAGGUCCUUGACAUGCUUGAGCUGUACCUCGACCCAGAGAGCUUCCGUGCUAUUGCUCAGUUCAAGACGAAGAAAUUCGCCAUUGGCCUGCGGCCUAUGAUCCUGUUCGCUGGUACUGCUUUCGAGAGUCCUGUCAGCAACGAGUUUACCCUUGCGAAGAGUGUGCUCCUUGAUUUCUUCAAGGGCGAGCCCAGUGACAAGAUUGACGUCGAGGGUCUCCAGUACAUCAUCUCCAUCAGCGCAGAGGAUAGCACUGGCGACGGCGAUGUUAAGCCCGCCAUCCACUUGCGAGUCUACACUAUCAGCACCAAGCGAUCCGGUCAGCGUCUCCCCCGUGUCGAGGUUGAGGAGAUUGGUCCUCGCAUGGAUUUCCGUGUCGGCCGAGUCAGGGAGCCCGAUGAGUCGAUGCUCAAGGAGGCCUUGAAGAAGCCUCGCGGCAUCGAGGAGCGCACCAAGAAGAACAUCACAACUGACUCUAUGGGUGACAAGAUUGGCCGCGUGCAUCUGGGCAAGCAGGAUCUCAGCGAGCUGCAGCUCCGCAAGAUGAAGGGUCUGAAGCGAAGUCGAAAGGAUGCCGAAGAUGCGGUGGAUGUCGUUGAAGAGGAGGAGUCCAAGAGGAUAAAGCAAUAG